AUGUCGACCAACCAGACCGCCGCAAUGGCCUCCGAGAACACGCCUCUGCUCGCCAAUGCCGGGCAGCCGGCCCAAGUGCCGUCGCCAGGUCCCGAGCAGGGCGCCGAGCCUUCCACUCCCCCGCCGACGCGGCCGCCCCGGGACAUGGUCGUCCUGUCAUGCUUGUCGCUGCUACUGUCCCUUCCCGCGGCGGGCCUCCUGAUCGCCUUCCUUGUCAUCUAUGACUCCCAGAAUCUGCGCGACAGGCCCUCGUACUGGUGGGUGCGCGAGAGUGCGAUAGGCGACCUGUAUCUUGCCCUCUUCGCAGCCGUGCUCUCGGGCCUCAAUCUGGCUCGGCUGCUCUGGCGCGGCAGGCCGUUGUGGCUGGGCGCCAACCUUGCGGCCGACACGGCCCUGGCCAUCUACCUCGCCGCCUUCGCGGCUAGGUCGUGGAGCGACACGUUGCGCGACGGCUGUGUCCAGCGGGUCAAGCCGUCCAGCUGCCGCGAAGUCGCCGCGGUCCUGCAAGUCCUCGUGCGGGACGGCUAUAUCCUGUGCUUUGCGCUUGCGUUCACACAUUUUGUGCUGGCCGCAAAGCGCCUGCACGCUGUGUGGGAGGCGACCCGUCAGGCCGCCGCCGGCAGAUGGGACAGCUGGUCUGUGCCGGGCGGCCAGCUGACGUUUGAGUUCACCAUCAAGUUCCUGCGGCAGGGAGAAGAUGGGCCGCGGAUCGGGGGGUGA